AUGACAGGCGCUAACAUCAAAUCAAGAGGAGCGAACAACGUCAUCCCCCCGCCAAAUCCCGACAUCACAGCUCUGGAAGACCGCGUCGUCCAGCAAGAAAACUCUGCAUUGGGACAGUUGAGCAAGCUUUCCGUCAGUGAUGAGUCCAGCUUUUUCCCACACCGGCCUGGCUUUGGCACUGGUGGUGCUCCGGUUGUACUGUGGGCCAACUACUUUGAACUGAACGUCAACACAGCCUCGCUAUUCAGUUACAAUGUGCUGGUGGCCCCGGAGGAAUCUAGCGAGAAGAAAGAGGCCGAACCGAGCUCUGCUAAGGGCAAGGGCAAGGGAAAGCCCAAGGAGUCCAAGACCAAAGAAGCCAAGGGUACCAAACUCGCCAAGAUCAUCAAGGCUGCGCUCGACACACUCCCGCCUACCGUCGUUGUUGCAACCGAGCUGAAGAUGAGCGUCGUCUCCAAGGCGAAGCUUCCUCUGCCCCCCAACUCAGUUAUUACUGUGGGCAUCCCCAGGUCCAAUGGUGGUGAGGAGCGCUGGGAUGUUAAGUUCAACGACCCUGUCUCGCUAGAUAUUGGACGCCUCAAGCAGUACAUUCAGAACUUUGAAGACAAGGGUAACGAGUCUGUCUUUCCCAAGUUCGCGGCCGAAGCUGAUGCGCUGGGCGUUGUGCUCGGCCACACCGCACGAAGCAACUCCAACACCGCUGCCGUUGGCAAGAGUCGCUUUUUUGCUUUCGACGCCAAUCGUUCCGAAGUCGGCCCCGUAUCGCCAGGCAGUAUGAUCGAUAUCCUUCGCGGUUACGUUCAGAGUGUGCGGUUGGCCACCGGUCGUCUGCUUUUGAACGUCAACGUUACCCACGGUGUCUUCCGGCCGCCCAUGCCCUUGCCUGACCUGUUUCAGAGGGUUGGUAACCUCAACACGAAUACACUCAAGCGCUUGCAUGGGCUCUUGGCCAAAUCGAGAAUCCAGUGCCGGGUUCCCACCGAGAAACCUGGUGAGUGGGUGAAGGUUGAGCGCUCUAUGGCAGGAUUCGGCGGGGUUAGAGAUGGCAGCGGCGAGGAACGGAGGCCCGAGUUUUUGGAACCCAACGAGUACUUCGGCAAGCCUACCAACGUCAAGUUUUUUCUUCGGUCGCCCAAAAAGCCGAGACCGGCACCCAAGGGCUCAACUAGGCCCAUUUACCUGCUGGCUGAGUGGUGCUCCCUUUUGCCGGGACAGCCUAUCAAGGCUAAGCUCAGUGCCAGCGAGGCUCAGAGCAUGAUACAGUUUGCAUGCCGAAAGCCAUCCUUGAACGCUGUGUCCGUUACCACCAAUGCCAGAGCUGUUCUUGCACUGGACAACAACAAACUCCUGGAGAAGUUCGGAGUGAGUGUCGAUAAGCAGCUCAUCACAGUCAAGGGUCGUAUGCUUCCACCCCCGGCCAUGGCGUACCCCAAGAGGAAUUCGGUGGAGCUGAUCAAGCCCCAAGAUGGCGGCUGGCUGCUCAAGGGUGUAAGGGUUUCAAAGCCUGGUAGGAUGAUCAAGAACUGGACGCUCUUGGAAGUACAAGGCCAGGCUGAUCAGCAUGUCAAGGCCACCAUGGGCGAGUUUGCGGUAUUCAUGGCGCAGAGCAUGGGCAUGGCUAUCAAUAAGAAUGCCACACCGGCAAGUGGCUAUGAGGUCGCUUCUAUGGGUGAGCAAGACUUGAGAGCCGCUUUUCAGGGGAUGAAGCCCAAGCCCGAUCUGGUGAUCGUUGUGCUUGGCGACCAGGACGCCAACGUAUACAACACGGUGAAGAAGCUAGGCGAUGUCGAGUUCGGCAUUCAGACGGUGUGCGUGGUGAGGAACAAGAUAACGAACAAUAAGGGAUACUUUACCAACGUCGCGCUCAAGGUCAACCUCAAGUUUGGCGGCGUCAACCACAAACUGCAGAACGCUCAUCCUCUGCUGAAGGGUGGCAAGACCAUGGUGGUGGGUUACGAUGUGACACAUCCUACCAAUCUUCCAACAGGUGCUGGAGAGAACGCGCCCAGUCUGGUCGGUCUUGUAGCCAGCAUCGACUCGGAUCUCGGACAGUGGCCUGCUAUCGCUUGGCAGAACCCGGCUCGUGUGGAGCAGCUUGACGUCAAGCUGGCUGAGAACUUCAAGUCUCGGCUGCGUCUGUGGCAGAAGCACAACGGUGCCAAAUUACCUGAAAAUAUCCUCAUUUACCGCGAUGGUGUAAGUGAAGGGCAGUUCAACAUGGUUCUGACGUCAGAGCUGCCGCACAUCCGGACGGCUUGUAGCCAGAUGUAUGGCAAGCAGCAACCACGCAUCACCCUUAUCGUGUCAGUCAAGCGCCACCAGACUCGAUUCUACCCGACUGAUCCCCAGCAAACGCACUUCAGGUCGAAGAGCCCCAAGGAGGGCACCGUUGUUGACCGCGGAGUGACCAAUGUGCGAUACUGGGACUUCUUCCUCCAAGCCCACGCCUCGCUGCAGGGCACCGCUCGUCCGGCCCAUUACACGGUGUUGAUCGAUGAGAUUUUCCGGCCUUCAUAUGGUGCUCAGGCGGCGAACAACCUCGAGCAAGUAACGCAUGAUAUGUGUUACCUGUAUGGUCGGGCCACGAAGGCAGUUAGUAUCUGCCCCCCGGCGUCCUACGCAGACUUGGUCUGUGAUCGGGCUCGGAUCCAUAAGCACGAGCUUUUCGAUGACUCCAGCACCAUUGCCUCUGGGGCACAAGACACGGUUGGAAGCAGGAAGGUGCACCCGAGCUUGGAGAAUUCCAUGUACUACAUUUGA